ACUGCGCGCAUUCCAAUGUUGUAUCUUUUAGUGAUCUUAGCAAGUGUAUUUACACUUGUAUAUUUUUAUUUUACAAGGACUUUCGACUAUUGGAAAAACAAAAAUGUACCUGGACCGAAACCUCUACCAUUGUUCGGCAAUAUUAAAGACAGUGUACUCAGACGUAGGCAUGCUGCCUUAGUUUUUAAAAGUAUUUACGAUGAAUAUACUAACGAGAAAGUGGUCGGAGUUUAUAGAAUGACCUCACCGUGUCUACUCCUCCGCGACUUGGACGUUAUUAAGAACGUCAUGAUUAAAGACUUCGAUCAGUUCGUCGACAGAGGAGUUUCAUUUAGUAAAGAUGGAUUAGGACUUAAUCUGUUUCAUGCUGACGGCGACACAUGGAGAGUUUUGAGGAACAGGUUUACACCAGUAUUUACUUCUGGUAAGCUGAAGAACAUGUUGUAUCUUAUGACAGAACGAGGUGAACAGUUUGUUGAUUAUGUCGAGAACCUUCGUGCAAAACAAUCAGAACAGCCUAUACAUGUCCUUGUUCAAAAGUUUACGAUGGCUACUAUCUCCGCUUGCGCCUUUGGCUUGGACUUAGAUGAAGAUAUGUACAAAACUUUAAACAGAAUAGACAAAAUGAUUUUUACCCCAAGUUAUGCCAGAGAAUUGGAUAUGAUGUACCCUGGAAUACUUGAAAAACUUAAUAGCUCAAUCUUUCCUAAUUUUGUGAAUGACUUCUUUAGUAAUCUCUCGCAAACAGUAAUUAAACAGAGAGGUGGCAUUCCAACAAACAGAAAAGACUUUAUGGAUUUAAUUUUGGAGUUGAGACAACAGAAAACAAUUGAAGGGACAAAGAAAUUGGACAAUGAAAAGCUGAGAAUAGUUGAACUGACUGAUAGCGUCAUAGCGGCUCAGGCGUUCGUAUUCUACGCGGCUGGCUAUGAGACCAGCGCCUCCACCAUGACAUACUUAUUCUACGAAUUGGCGAAACAUCCCGAGAUACAAGAUAAAGUCAUUGCAGAGAUUGACGAAGUUGUUAAUCGAUACGAUGGCGAAAUAAGCUAUGACUGCUUAAAUGAAAUGACUUAUUUGCAGCAAGUGUUUGAUGAAACAUUACGGAAAUAUCCAAUUAUAGAUCCUUUGCAACGUAACGCACAAAUGGACUAUAAAAUCCCAGAUACUAAUGUAACUAUUAAGAAAGGACAAACUAUACUUGUAAAUCCUUUGGGUAUUCAUCGUGAUCCUCAAUACUACCCCAAUCCAGAGAAGUUUGAUCCUGACCGGUUCAGUCCUGAAAAUGAGAAAGACAGACAUUCUUGUGCUUAUAUGCCAUUUGGAACUGGACCUAGAAACUGUAUCGGUAUGCGGUUCGCCAAAGUACAAUCCCGAGUGUGUGUAGCCAAGUUCCUGUCCAAGUACCGCGUGGAGCCUUCGAGAAACACACCGGCCGUGUUGGACUUCGAUCCUAUGCGACUAGUUCUCUUCCCCAAGGGAGGAAUCCCUUUGAAUGUCAUAUGUAGAUAAAUUGCCAGCACAUUUAUCUGUCACGAAACAUAAUGCAUUUGAUGUUCAUAAGUUAUUAUUUCAUAAUUGGUUAGCGAAAUCUUCUGUUAUUAUGUAAAGGUCAUAGAAUGUAAUUUUUAUAUGCGAAUUCGAAAUGUACUAUGCUACUUUCAUUUUAGAUAUUGAAAGAGAAAUCUUUUUGUUAAAAUGAAAAUAUUAUGGUAGAAUAAGUUUAAUAAUUAAAUAUUACCUCAUGACUAACAUUUAGGUUACACGUGACGGAUUCUAACAAACUCUCAACUACAAAAUAUACAGCCAUAGUUAUGGAAAAUUUCGGGUUUUAGCUAUUAUAUAAGUACUGUAAAUACAUAAAUUAGAAAUAAGUUAGCAUGUAGCGGUUACAAUUGUAAGACUGUUUUUUUAUCGAUAAAAAAAUUGUGAAAAAUUAAAACUUUGUAUUUUA